AUGGGCCGUGUCAGGACUAAGACCGUCAAGCGCGCUUCUCGCGUUCUCAUCGAGAAGUACUACCCUCGUCUUACCCUCGACUUCCACACCAACAAGCGUCUCCUCGAUGAGGUCGCUCAGGUCCCCUCCAAGCGUCUCCGCAACAAGAUCGCUGGCUUCACCACCCACCUGAUGAAGCGUAUCCAGAAGGGCCCCGUCCGUGGUAUCUCCUUCCGUCUCCAGGAGGAGGAGCGUGAGCGCAAGAACCAGUACGUUCCCGACGUCUCUGCCCUGGCCGUCUCCCCCGAGACUCCCCUCGACGUCGACCCCGAGACCAAGGACCUCCUCCGCUCCCUCGGCCUCGACUCCCUCCCCGUCAACGUCGUCAACGUCUCGGCCUACCAGCCCCGCGAGCGCAAGGGCCGCUACGUCCCCGGUGCCGGCAAGCAGUAA